UUAGACCCUGCUUCCAAAUUGUCAUUUCCCAUUUUCUUGAAUACGGGCAACAGCGAAUGGAAAAAGUUGGUUGGUUUAGGUGUACGUACAGUUACAUUCCUUCAGAUGCAUGUUUAUGUACUCGGCUUGUAUAUGAAAACUGAUGAUAUUGAGUCGCUAAAGAAUCUGGAUGGCUUUAAAGAAUUUGACAGACAAAAGUUUCUUGAAAACGAGGAAAUGGCUAAUAACUUAGUUAAUCAACCCUAUGACAUAAGCAUUCGCCUUGUGCCUGUUCGAGCUACCAAUACACAGCAUCUUCGUGAUGGCUUUGUACGCUUAUUUAUGCAACGUUUGAAGGCACAAUCAUUGACUGAAGAUGAAGAGCGAGAAGUUUUAAAAGCUAUUCAAGAUUUCAAAUCAAAGUUUGUUAAUAUGAAUGUGAAGAAGCAAACAGAAUUUAUAUUUACAAAGACAAAGGAAGGUGGAUUGAAAAUAGUUUAUGAAGGAAAAGAGUGGGGAACUGUGGAUAAUAUGUGGGUGGCGAAAAACUUUAUUAUGGGAUACUUGAGCCCUAUUUCACCUUCAAGUGAGGCAGCGCUUAAAGACAUUGCCGAUGGAUUCGAAAGGUUGAUUAAAUAA